AAUCAAUAUUUCUAACAGGAGGGUAAGAGAAAGGGACGGGACGACGGGACCGAGAGUGUCCGCGACUUGGAGAGGAGGGAUGCAAGUCCGGCUACACUAUAGUUGAAAGAAACGACGAUUAUCUGUCAUAGUCCAACGAUUAGAAUAAGCAUCAGUGAUGUGCUGUGGACACCAAUCUAGAGAUUAUGGAUAGGCUGACUAAUUGGACUUAUGAUAUGAAUGAAACAUCAUCAACACCAAACUCUGGACAAAGCUGUAUUUCAAAUUCAUCUACAUCUGCAGUUUUUGAAAAAUUUCUAGUAGUCUCUCCAUCAUUGAUUUCUGUAAAUCAGGAACUGAAAUGGAUCUUCCUUCUACACGCGUACGGUUUCGCGUGUCUCUUUUUUGUACUUUCAUCUUACACAUUUUUAUCCAUUCUACAUAUCAGGUCGCUUAUAUCGAACCGAUCUUAUAUGUCAAAUAUUAAUAUGUUUCUAUGCGUAUUCGGGGCUUUGAGAGCUCUUUGUCUCUUCAUAGAUCCGUAUAAUCUUAAAAAAUCUUUCGUGCCAAAAUUCAUAGGAUCGAUAGCAUGGAAUCUUGGAUUCCCUUAUAUAACGUACGCCUUUAGUCUUAUACAACUGACUUUCCUACAACUAACUCAGCUUAAAUUUGGACCACAAAAUAUACAAAGGGAUUAUUGUGUAAAUUUAAUUAUGGCAGGACAUUUUUUUCUUGUAAUUGCCACCAACAUCGAUCUAACUUCCCCGAAUUGUUACGUUGUCAAUUACAUGGUACAGUCUGUGUUCCUUGUCUUGAGCAUUCUUUUGUAUCUAUCAUUCCUACGUGCAGGUUACAAGAUAAUGCGCUUAUUAAAAGCAGUACCGAGUAGCAUGUUGGCGAGAGACAAUAAUAUUAGCGAUCAGAAAGGUAUCAUGCAACUGGCAAUGUUAGCACCUUACGGUAACUUAGCAUCGUCCGUUGCUGCCGCUCUAGUACCUACUUUGCUCAAUCCUAAGACUAAGAGCACAGAAGAAACAGAACCUCCCACUUUUGUGAUCGAAUCGGAGAAAAAUUGUACAGAUCGUCUUGCAAAAUUAUCUAAAAAGGAAGAGCAACUACAAAAGGAGUGUGAGAAAUUUUGCAGAUAUCCAUCGCGACAAGACGAAAAGACAACGCCUGUGUCCACGGUACCAGAAGUGUAUGUCCGACCGCCGACACCAACGCCUUCGGCAGCUAAUUUGCCUAUAAUAACGGUAUCGAGCCCGAGCCGUAGAAGCUCUGUCGGUAGCAGGCGGAGUAGCGACGCCUCUAGAUCCUCGCGAAGGAAUUCCGAAUGCAGCGUUCGAUUUGUGAACGAUGAGGACGGCACUACGCCAGAACGUCGAUUAAAUUCGGACUUCAACUCUAGACAUUCGCCCGAUAUCGAUCGUAGGCGAUCUCCGGAUAGAAUGUCCAGGAGACAUUCGGAGAAUGUUACUCCUGUAGGAAGCGUAAAAGAUCUAAGACGGUGUUCCGAUUUUACACAUGAAAAAAACAGAGGUUCCCAAUUUGCGGCUAAAUUGAAGCGUAAUAGCGAUUUUGGAAAUAGAACACCUAGAAGAAUGUUACCUUCGAACGAACAUUACAAAUUACCCAGAGUUGUGGAUUUAAGUCCUGCAGACUCAAGACGUAAUUCAGAUAUUAGCGGAAUCAUUUCGAAAAGCGAGUUACGUAGAAAUUCAGAUAUUUCCUUUCGACGUAAUUCUGAGAUGAUUCAAAUCAAACCAUUAAACUUGAACCGCCAGAAUAGUGACAUAAGCAUUAGAACUUUAAGUAGAAGUCCUACCCAUGGUCGUAAUAUAGUUCCUGAAAAAAUAGAAAUACAGGAGAAGUCCGAAUCGGACUCGGAUCAGCCUGAUUGUAGCGAGAAAGCAGUCUUAAUGGCAGAAAAGAUCAAAACCAAAGAGGACGAUGGAAAAGGGCGCAAGAAAAGUUUAUCAUGGAAAAAUGAAAAGGGAAAAGAGGAAGCCGGAGAAAUAACCGUCGAGACUACAUUGCUUCCUGAAACUGCUACAACCGAUACAAAAAUUACGAGUGGCGACUUUACGCUUCAUUCGAUAUUAAAUCACAUCGCGUAUGUAGACAGAUCGAAAUCCGAUACGCGUCUGCAUAUACUUGAAGCAAAUUCAAAGAAGAUGAAAAUUCGAAAAGUAUUAAAUGUAAUAUAUGUAACUGCAAUUUUAGGAAUCAUUUUAUGCGUUGCAGACAUUGCACGUAUUUUUGGUCCAUAUGGACUUUUAGCCGAGAGAGUAAGGUAUGGUACACAACCAACCGUAUCACAGUAUCCAAAACCUUGGCCAUGGUUUGUGUAUCAGACAUUAUGCAGAGGUAUUGAACUAAUAAUGGGUUGGGCAAUGGCAAGUAUUACUCGUGACUAAGUUCAAAAAACAUCAGUACCUAAAUGGUUACCUUAAAUAUAAUGUACAUGGGAAACUAGGUAACAAUCCUUACAUUUAAAGUAAUGCAAUACUGUUAGUAGUAAUAAUGAUAAUAAUACCAGUUCAACAUUGAAGUGCCCUACUAUUAAAUGUUUAACAAAAAUUCUUGAUAACUGAUAAAAAAUCAUCCUAUUUACAAAUGCAAAUUUUAACAGUAUUUUAAUUCUAUAUGUGAUACACUAUUUACCUAUAUAGUAUAGAUGAUCCCUUUAUGUCUACUAUUAUACAUAUGUAAGUGUCAACUAAGAAUGUGUUACUGUAUAAAAUAAGAGACUGGCCACACAAUAUGUUACAAUAAUUCGUUUGUGUAUUCGUUACUGUCAAUCGAUCCUUUCGAUAGAUUUUUCUAACAAUAUUGCUUGCCUUCGAUCAGUUGCGGCUUCAUCGAUUUAUAUGAAAUUCUAACAUUACAUUCUAUUUGACAAUGAUUACUAUAAAAUCUAAUGUUAUGGAAGAAAUUACAUGUACUUAACAAGCAUGAGAAAAUCUUGUUGAUUAUAGUUAUUGGAAGCUACAAUAAUUUUUAGUAUAUAAUAUAUUAUGUCGUCAAUGUUCAAUAUGCCAAAUACUUGUGUUACCUAUAUAUUAAAUGUUUAUGAAAAUCGACUCAAUUGAAGUAGUCUUAUACACGUAUAGAUGUGGAUAUUUAUAUACGAACUCAAUGUACAUACAAUAACAAAUGGUAUCGUUUGAAUUAAACUGAUUCAAGCUGUUCAAAAUGGUGCAUAAUAAAACACUAUUUUUAUUGAUGAAAAUAUUAUUAUAAUACCUGUGCUAUAUUUGCAAAGUUCAGUGCAUAAUGUCACAAAAAUGUUGGAAGCAAUUUAUAAAACGAAUUAUCUUAUAAAACAGUCAUUUACGAAUUUAAGUUUAUGUAAUAUAAUAUAUGUUACACAAAAAAUCGUGUAGCUAAAUAGAAAUUACUAAUAAAAUAAGACUUCGAUAGAAUUGUUUCUCUAUUAAAUAGAUUCUAAUAUACACACAAUUUUUGGUCAGUUCGAGGGAAGUAACAUCGAUCCAAUCACAUAAAUGAUCGUGAUUUAACGAGAAUUAUUUUUGUUUCGUUUCUGUUUGUGUAAAAUUUAUUUCAGUAGCAUAUGAGAUUUUUGGUACUGGUAACUGUACAUUAGAUAGUGGUCAUUGCAUCGCAUUGUUGAUUGUUUCCUCAUUUCAUGACAUUGUUGUUUCGUAAAUAUGCCACAGGUAAUAAAGCAAAUGUCAAAAGAAAUAUGUAAACUAUAAAAGGUCUUAGAUCAAUAAACGUCUCUCUAGUCAUGUUUGUGA